AUGAUCACUGAUUCGUUCGUGAAUAUGACGCUCGCCGUCGGCCCGGUGGCCAAAUUCGUCGGCUCGAUCUUUAAGCUGAUGCAAAAGGGGACACGCCCGACGUUCACAGAGGACCAGAAAUUGUCCUAUGAAAGGCUGUCGAGUUAUCUGCGAGACGAGGAAAGGAACCUGACCGCGAUGAUCAAUGAGGCCGCCGGGAUUUUAACCGUCUCCCUUGACUAUGUACAUUAUCAUCAGACGUUCAACGGUGAGCUGCGCAACAUUGGCCAAGAACUACUGCUACCGUCGGCAAACGAGAGUGCCGCCCAGCUGAAAGCGCAGUACCAAAAGCUUGAGCAGCUUUGCCACCGUUUCGAUGCGCUAGAAGAUCUUUUCCACCGUCGCAACUCGCGGAACUGCGGAACAAGCCCGAAGGACCUGGUCGCCAAGUUGAAGGAGCUUUUGAAGAUCGAAAGGGAAGAUGAGCGAAACCUGGAGAAAAUCGAGACGAAGGGUGCGGCAGCUCUCCUACUCAAGGCGCUUCGCGAGCUAGAUGCCAACCUCACCACCGCCUGUUUGCCGCAAAUUAUUCUACAGGAAGGGAUGCUCUCGCAGAACCACACAACCGCCUUUCUGAAAAUGAUUAGCGCAAAUAUCAUCGGGAUGGAUCGACUGCAGUCCGCGCUAGAGUUCAUUUUGAACUACCUGGACGAAGGGAUGAUGAAGAUUGGGGAGAUCGAGGGCGAGUUGCUGGAGAGAUACGUCACCUCAGAGCGCAAAGAACCGAAUCUGCAGCAGAAAUUGAUGAAUGUGCGCCAGAAGAUGGAAAAUCAUGGACCAUACGGCAUCUUGAGAAUCUACACGGCGUGGAAGAAACACCCGGAUUUCGGCUGUGAAGGUAGAUGCACGCACUACACGGUGGAUUCCGAACACUACAUGACGAUACGCUACGAAAACCGUCCAACCAAUGCAAAGAACCCCGACUUUGUCACCGCGGCGAAAUCGAUCAAACGGCGCUGGUACCAGUUGAAUUGUGUGUCGAGUGGUUGCGGGGCAUUUCCGCUCCUGCACUGCGCCAAUGAACUGGGCAUGACCAACAGUGAUCAUGCCGAUAAAGUGCUGACGAACCUCGGCGUCAAGACGCUAAUGAACUCGGAUGGGAUCAAAGGGGCGCAAAACCUGGCGGAAGUACAUGCAAAGGUUUCAACACUUGAAGGGCCAAAUACAUGCAUGACGCAACUGUUCCUGCAAGAAAAACAGCUAUCCCAACGAGCACUUAACGUCUGGUAUGACGUCGUACGUUCUUCGGCGACAGCGAUUCUAAAUGCGGCGACAAUGUGCUUCCGCAUCAACAUCCCGACAAGGCGACAAUUGAGCUAUACGCCGCGCGAGUGGGUCCAGGAGCUGCAGAAAAUCUUUGAUGACAAGGGACCUUACGGAACCGUGCGUACUUACAUAGCCGCCCGACAGAACGGGACCUCCGGCCACAAUACGAACACCAGUUACGCGGUCUUUGCUGAUAUGGCCUCUUUCGUCAUCCGGAAUCCGGAACGCACCUGGCGCCCGAUCAACCAGCAGGAUUUUGAUGAACAUGUCAAGAACUUGAGUAACCCGGCUUACACUGCGCAAGGCGCCAACGCCACCGUCACGCAGUUGUACGAACAAGCUCAUCGUCAACUGAGCAAAGAUUUCCCCGAAUCACGCACUUGUGCUUCGACCAACGCCGUGCGCCCACAUGGUGGCCGUUUUGGAACCAGGCGCGGCUAUCACUGGCUCGUACGACGUGACGACCCACGAAACGCACAUCUCGCGUCCAGGGAUGAGCUGACGUCAGGUCGCUCACCA